AUGUUUGAUACAGAUUAUAGUGUGACGGGAUUGGUGCCUAUGUUUGAUACAGAUUAUAGUGUGACGGGAUUGGUGCCUAUGUUUGAUACAGAUUAUGGUGUGACGGGAUUGGUGCCUAUGUUUGAUACAGAUUAUAGUGUGACGGAAUUGGUGCCUAUGUUUGAUACAGAUUAUAGUGUGACGGGAUUGGUGCCUAUGUUUGAUACAGAUUAUGGUGUGACGGGAUUGGUGCCUAUGUUUGAUACAGAUUAUAGUGUGACGGGAUUGGUGCCUAUGUUUGAUACAGAUUAUAGUGUGACGGGAUUGGUGCCUAUGUUUGAUACAGAUUAUAGUGUGACGGGAUUGGUGCCUAUGUUUGAUAUGGAUUAUGUUGUGACUGGAUUGGUGCCUAUGUUUGAUACAGAUUAUGGUACGCCUGUGCUUUUGCAGGAAUGUAUGCCGAAAUCGGAGUACUUUGAGAGAGAUGUUUCCAGGAUGUAUCUAAAUUGCCCCCCUCUUUACCAUUACCCUCCGCUCUUUGCGCCUCCAGCAGUCAAUCCUCCAAGAUUUAGAGGGUCUCCCUGUUCUGCUGGGAUACCAAUAAGAAGCUUUCGGCAAUAUCAACCACUAAGUAUUCAAGAUGCAGGCACAGAUUUCAGACCAAAUUAUUACCCUACGGUACCGCAAUUUAUUCCACCUGGCCUCGUGCCUGGAAUACACUAUCUGCCUCCUCCAUUGCCAAUGAGUGUCAGCAUGAUGGCUGAGCCGAGCAGGGAUAUGCUGGGUCACAUGACUGCAGAGAACCAGUGUAUGAGACCUGUCCUUGACAAAAGCCAAAAUAAGGAGCCAUGUGCCUAGGCAGUUCAACCAGAGCAUGGCCAGCAGUACCUGGUUAUAAUAUACACCACAAACAGCAACAUCCUGUAAUGUUAUCAGUAAUUCAAAAUUAACUUU